UAAUUAUCACUAAUUUUGUUUUCAAUAUCAACAUUGAAUACAAGAUCUGAUAUGAUACAAGAAUGAAGAUCGAAGAUAGAAUAUAUCAUGAUCGUUAAACCUUCGGCUAUAUCUUUAACUCUUCUAUGAGUCGAGUCUGUGUAGGCUACACGAGAUUACCUAGACUCUUGGGUUCGACAACCUUGUGCCGAGCAGAACCACUAGCUUCUCCGUUUGAAUAUCUACCAAUCUAGAAAUGUAUAGUCACUGACUGUUAAUGUUACUUAUUGACUCAAAUUCUACUGAGGUAUCUAACAUAUGUAUAUGAAUGACCGUUGACAAAGAGUUGAAUGUCUAGCACCGUUGAGUAGAAGUUGUCUCGCCUUGACUGUGAGCAUCAGUCUGCUUGUUAGAUCAUAUAUGUGCAAUCCACUUUUAAGAUGAUGUCAUAAACUGGAUAAAGCACGGGAUGUCAUUCUAAACUGAAUUGACCGUUAAGAAAUUUCACGUUAAAGCAAUGGAGUUAUCUUUCACACAAGGUCGAUGGAACUAUGAAAGAUGGGGUGGAUUUGAUCCAAUGUCAAGCCAAAAUGCAAAGCCUCCUGGAGUUGAACUGUGGGCAGUCUUUGAUGUCCCUCCACAUCAGGUUGAUGCUUCUUGGAAAAAUUUAACCCAUUCUCUGUCGGGUCUCUUCUGUGCUUCAAUAAACUUCCUAGAGUCUUCUAGCUCUUAUUCUGCUCCUAAAUGGGCAUCUCAGUCAGCCUUAGGUAGUUUAAGAUAUGGCUCACUGCCGCGCGAAGCUGUUUGCACAGAGAAUCUUACUCCAUGGUUGAAACUCCUUCCUUGUCGAGAUAAAGCUGGACUUUCAGCCUUAAUGGAUAGACCAUCUAUUUACAGGAGUUUUUAUCAUUCACAACGAUUGCACCUGACAGCAUCCAAAGCUCUUGCAGAUGGGUUAGAAUCAGGAAUUAUUCUAGAACAAACACUUACAGUUGUACUUCAGCCCGAUAUUCAGAGAGCUGGUUUGAGCUCUCCCGAUGAAAUAAAGAUUCAACCAAGCUGGUCUCUGAGCUCAAUAUUUGGACGAAAAAUCAAUGGUAGGUGUGUUCUUGCUAAGUCGAGUAAUGUCUACCUUCAAGUGGAGAGAGAUCUAGUCAAUCAACUUGAGAAUCUCCAGAAGAAUACUGCUGCAUAUGCUGCUAAUGACACAAGUAUAGACGUUUUGAGAAGGAAUCUUGUCUUUGAAGUAUCUAAUACGCCGGACAGGGUUCAUAGAGAACUUGAAAAGAGCUCAUCAAUUCUGUAUGAAUAUUCAAUCAAAGAAUACAAUGACGCUGAACAAUUUGAUUUAAGCUUAACAUGGAAGUAUCCAGUUGUUUGGUCCUCCUCACAUGCACCUUUGUAUGCCAGUAGAUUUUUAAUGGGCAGUGGAAACGAAAGGGGUUCGAUUGCAAUAUCCUUGAAAUCUACAGAAUUGACCAAGGACUUCAUUGCAGUCAAUAAUGUUGAAGAGAAGUGUAAGUUACAAGUUAAUGUUCUGCAAAUUGUGCCUUGGUAUAUUAAGGUAUAUUAUCAUACCUUACAAUUAUUAGUAGAUGAAAAGCCUCAAGCAGUCACAGACUUUGUUGAGAAAAUGAGUGUUUCGCCUUCUGAAGACAAAGUAUCACCAGGAGUGAUGGAGCUGGUCCUCAGAUUUCCUUGUGAUAUUAAAUCUGCUGUAUUAAAUAUAGAUUUUGAUAAGGGCUUCUUGCACAUUGAUGAAUAUCCUCCAGAUGCCAACCAGGGAUUUGACAUCCCAUCAGCAAUAAUAAGCUUUCCUGACUUCCAUGCUGGUUUGCAAUUUUCUAAUGACUCUAUAAGCAAGUCGCCAAUGUUAUCUAAAUUACAGGAAAAGAGCCCUAGUCUCUCAUACACAGAAGUUUUGCUCGUACCCCUAACAACUCCUGAUUUCAGCAUGCCUUACAACGUCAUCACAAUUACUUGCACAGUUUUUGCAUUGUAUUUUGGAUCCUUGCUAAAUGUACUCCGAAGACGAGUUGGAGAGGAGGAAAGACUUUUGAAAAACAAAGAUGCAAACAAAGUUGUGUUCCUUCGUCGAAUACUGAAUAAAUUAAGGGGAAGAUCAUCAGAGUCCACUCCACCACCACAACAGUCAUCAUCAUCAUCAUCCUUCAUUAAUCCAAAAUUGAUUCUUAAAGUAUUAAUGGUUGCAGGACUUGCUGUUGUAUGGCAAUACUACUUGAAAUGAUACCAUCCAACUUUGUAGUGUUAGAUGUAUUAUAUUCUGAUCGAGUACAAUUUAUGUACAACAAUAUAGCUUUACUUCCACUGCCCAUUGUACUUGAUUUAAUUUUUGUUAUUCAAUUGAUCAAAGUCACACAUGACUACAUUUAACACGUGUAAA